UUUCCAACUAUUAUCUAUCUUUAUGAUUAUCCUUUCAUUUCUUUAAAUUCAUCACCCUUCUUCCAGUCUUCUUUGUACUCCCACUGCUACACAUUCAAUUCCUCACUCAUCGAUCACACGCUCACACCUAUAAUUCAAUUUCCCAUAAUAAAUUUUACACCAAUUUCUCAAUCAUUGCUUUCAAUUUCAUUUCUACCAACAAAAACAACUGAAUUCCCCUUAAUUACUCCCCCUAGAUCUGCUCCCUAACAAAAUUGUUCGAGGGUUUUGCUUUAAUUUCGCCUUUGAUGUUAUCCCACUUCUGGAUUUUGCAGAAAGAGAGGUUUACUUGAGGUAUGACGACGGCGAGCAGUUUCGUUUCCGGGUCCGGGUCCGGGUCGCUGAGUUCAAAACCUGCAACGGGUGUGUCAGAUCAGUUCCCUGUGGGUUUGAGAGUUCUUGUUGUUGAUGACGAUGUUACUUGUUUAAAGAUUUUGGAACAAAUGCUUCGCAGAUGCUCGUAUCAUGUUACAACUUGCUCACAAGCAACUGCUGCUUUAAAUAUAUUAAGGGAAAGAAAAGGUGGAUUUGAUGUGGUUUUAAGUGAUGUUCAUAUGCCUGAUAUGGAUGGAUUUAAGCUUCUUGAACUCGUUGGGUUAGAAAUGGAUCUUCCUGUCAUAAUGAUGUCAGCAGAUGGAAGAACGAAUCUUGUGCUAAGGGGAAUAAGACAUGGGGCAUGUGAUUACUUAAUCAAGCCUAUACGUGAAGAACAACUAAAGAACAUAUGGCAACAUGUUAUAAGAAAAAAAUGGAAUGAAAAUAAAGAACAUGAAAAUUCAGGGAGCAUGGAGCACAAAAGAGGAGGAGGAGGAGGUGAUGAUAAUCAUGAUAGUGAGUAUGGUUCUUCUGUUAAUGAAGGAGGAGAAAAUGGGUUGCUGACGUGUCAUAAAAAAAGAAGAAGUAUUAAAGAAGAAGAUGAUUGUGAACUUGAAAGUGAUGAUCCAUCUGCUUCAAAAAAGCCACGUGUUGUUUGGUCUGUGGAGUUGCAUCAGCAAUUCGUUAGUGCUGUGAAUCAACUUGGAAUUGACAAGGCUGUUCCAAAGAGAAUUCUUGAAUUGAUGAAUGUUCCAGGUUUGACUAGAGAAAACGUUGCAAGUCAUUUGCAGAAGUUUAGAUUAUACUUAAAGAGAUUAAGUGGUGUGGGAGGUCAACAAGGAGGGGGUCAAAAUUCAUUUUGUGGGCCCAUUGAACAAAAUAAAAAACUAGGUUUAUACGGAAGAUUCGAGAUCCAAGCACUGGCGGCUUCCGGCCAAAUCCCGCCGGAGACACUGGCGGCACUUCACGCUGAACUUUUUGGGCGGCCAACCGGAAAUGUCAACUUGCCGCUAGUUGACCACCAACCGAUAUUACAAUCAUCUAAUUACGGUCAACCCCUCCCAUCAAAGCAAAUUUCACAACCCGUUGUAGAAGAUGUUCAUUCAUGGCAUUCCAACAACAUGAUUGGUAAUUAUGGUGGAUUGGGAGGGCAAAAUGGUAAUUUAAUAGGGGUAAUGCCAAGUCAGCAGGUUCAGAAACAAGCAAUUACGGUUCAACCCUCGCGUCUUGUUGUCCCGAAUAAUCAAUCAUCAUCGGUUAGUUUUCAAGGGGGGAAUAGUGGCGUUUUGGUAAAUUCGGGUGAGAAACAAAUUUCAUUUGGUGAAUGUGUUCAAGUGCUUGAUCAAGGACCUUUGAGGAAUCUUGGAUUUGUAGGUAAAGGGAAUUCGAUUCCAAGUAGGUUUGCUGUUUAUGAAGAUGAAUCUUUAGCAAAUAAUUUGAAUCAAUGGGAUAACUUUGGGAAGAAAGUGAAACAAGAGCCGAAUAUUGAAUUCAUGAGUGUCUUCUCUGAAUAGGGUUUAGAUCAUGAUUUACAUAUCAAGAUCGUUGGUUGGAAGAUUCAUCUACAAAUCAGAAAUGAAUCAUGAAGGUGAUGAAUCGGUGUUCUUAGAGGUCAAGAAGAGUGUUGUUAGGUAGGAUUAUUAUUGAACAAGUUCAUAGAAUCGUGGGACUUGUUGAUCUUAUUAUAUAUAAGUUUAAGGGUUAUGUGUAGCUCAUUCAUCAAUAGUUAUGCAAAGAUUUAGUGAUUGUAAUUAUGUCUCUCUUGUAUGGUAGUUGUAGAAUUGUAUCGUAAUGUUUUUACUCGAUUCAUAUCUUCAAGAAUAUGAACUCUUGCGAAUGAUUCUGCUA